AUAACAUAGGGAUUUUAAUUGUUGACAUGUUUCACGCUUUUUAUUUUACACUAAAUUUAUUUAUUGAUUUAUUUGCCUAUAUCUAUUUAGUUUUAAUAGCUUUAAAUCUACAAAUCACUCACAAAUUAAAAAUUUAAAUUUUGUGCAUUUUUGCCGACUGCUUUUUAAGAAAUUACAGAUCACACCCAAGUUAUACAAAUAUAAAUAUUUCUGAAAUUGCACUUUUUAUUUAUUAUAUGUAUACAUACACACCAUUUCCAUCCUUUUUUUAUUAGAAAAUUUUUGAAAUUUUUAUAAAUUUAACAUCACCGACACCUUUUUAGUACUAAUUCAAAUUUGAACUGCUUGCCACUAUUUAAUAAACGCAUCUCUAUUAUGUCAAAAAUGUUAUUCUGUCACUGACAAUGCAUUUGCAGCUGUUAAAUCAAUAACAUUUGAUCUGUUACAAUUUCACAUUGUUUGAGUUGAAAUUCAAAUUAGAAGUUGUUAGGUCGCAAAUGCCGUUCUUAAAUCCGUUCAUCCCAAGUUUAAUAACAAUUUUUCUGUUACUUGGAAAGUGUCUAACGUGUGACUUUAACUUUUGUUUAAUUUCUAUACAAAUAUGUAAAAAUGCAGUACAUAAUUUGUUUUAAGAGAAAUGAUGAAAUAAAAGAAGUACGAAGCAGCGAACUAUUUGUUCGACUGACGCCACAUAAGUUCUUAGAACAGGCUUCCAUUGCCAAGCCAUCGCUGGAAGCUGGUAUUGCUGAAAAAAAUUGUAUUUUAAGAGACUGCAAUGAGGAUUCUAGUGAAUCUCAUCGAUUAAAUUCACCAAAGAAAACCGAAGAGGAGAGCGGAGUAGAAGAAGAGCAGGCGCAAAUCAAACCGCGUUUUAUCUCAUCAAUAUUAGGUGGUAGUAAACCCUAUACGGGCUCUAUUGUUUUAACACAAGCACAGCGCAAGGAAUAUCCCGUGGAAAUUGUUAGUCGAGGUUUUGCUAGCAAUUUUAGCGAUGAUAGUGAUAGCAAUUCAGACUCUGAUUCGGACGGUUCAAAGCUUAUUGUAGAUGAAAAACCUUUACUGCCCGAAGAGAAGCCUUUAUCAUUACGUGUACGCAAAACACCACCACCAUUAGAAAAACGCCCAAGUCCUCCCCCACCACCAGAGCCAGCUGUACGCUGUAGUGUUAUACAGCGUACACCAAACACUGUUGCGCAAACGCACAGACAACAAGAACACGAAGUUUUAUUGCCAGUUGGUGCAUUUGAACAUCUUGGUCCCGAACAACAAGAACCUCUUGAUUAUCACGUACCAAAGCGACGUACUGCUUCGAUCGAAAGUGACGAAGAGCAAGCAGAAUUCUUGAACGCAAGACGACAAGAACGUGAACGUCGGCUUCGUGAGGCACGUCGUCGUAGCGCAAUAUUAGCCGCACGUGCGGUCUUAGCACAUGCACGCUUGAAUCCUAGGUUCGUGCGUAGUUUAUCAGGUAUAUUCUCUGCAGCCGCUGGUCACGGUCGCACGUCAUCCACUGGUGCUGGACAAGGUUUCCAAAAUAGUGGCGGCUUUGGUAAUAGCAGCGCAGGCGCUAGUAGUAAUCAAAGCCCAAGUGGCAGUGCAGGCUCACCAACAGGUUUUGGUGGCGCGCUCGGAGGUAGUGGUAGUGGUGGAGCCGGAGGUGGCAUGGGCGGUGGUAGAGACGGGCGUAGCAAUUACGGACCAAACUCACCACCAUCUGGAGCAUUACCACCAUUUUUUGAAAGUCUUAAAAACAACACAAUGAAUUCCUCAUCGUCUGCUUCGUCGCAUCUAAACACAAAUCCCAAUAUAUUGAUACAAAAUGCUGCAGCAUAUUUAAUUUCGGCAUCGAACAAUGGCAACUGCAACUCUGGGUCGCAGCAGGGUGGUUUUGGUAAUUGUUGCAGCUCAGCUGAGAGCGCCAAUUCACUUAACAGUAAUAAUGUUGAAAAUUCGGUUUAUCCAAAUGGUCAGUGUAAUAAUAAUUAUUCCAUGCAUUUACAAAAUGCUAAAUUUCAUAAUUCUUUUCAUUCAAACCAUCAUCCACAAUACGGUGCUAAUCCCACAGAAUACGGCAUAAUACUAAAGGAUGAACCUGAUAUUGAGUACGAUGAGGGCAAGAUUGACAUUGGAGCUUUCGCACAAAAUAUUCUACAAGCAACUUUGGGAAAUCCAAAUAACUUCAAUGCGGCAAACUAUGAUGAUGAAAUUAUGUCAGACUUAGCAAACACACAGGGUCAUAAUGGUACAGUUGAUCCACUACAAUUCACCGGUACAUUGAUGUUAUCACAAAACGAUCAGUUUCUCGAUCAACUCGAUGCAGUCGACUUGAGUUCAUUCUUACAACGUGGCUGCGGAGGUGAUGAUGAAAACUCAACAAGCCCACGACAAGAGUUUGAAUUGACAUCUACUCCAUCACUUACACCAGAUUCUGUCUCUAUUACACCAGUCGAUAACAACGCUACAAACAACCUGAAUUCAUUUCAUGAAAAUUUAAUGCAACAAAUUACAAACAAUAUUUCGCGUAAUCAUGUUGCUGUUAAUGGUCAAGGCUACCCUUCUUUUGAGCGUCAGCAUAGCUCAACUACUCAGCAGCAUUUAACAAAUACACAACAGCAUCAUCAACAGCAACAACCACCACCAUCUUAUCAACAUGCGACACGUGAUCUGAUGCAAUUACAACAACAUCAACUUGCCGGUCAACACAAUUCAACGUACCAAUCACAGCAACAUAAUCUAAUGGGGCACAGCAGCCCAUUGCUGUUAUGUCAGCAACCUAUGCAACAGCAACAGCAUGCUUAUCAGCAACAGAACUCAUAUGUACAUUCACACAAUCAUCAUCUCAAUCAUCAGCAACAGCAGCAGCAUCAUAUCGCAGCAGCUGGUCAUCACAUGCAACAGCAGCAUCAUCAUAAUAGCGACAAUAGUAAUCUUUCGCUACCCUCACCAAAUACAACACACAUGGGUGGACAUCAUAACACAUCAUCUGCAGCCAGCAGCUCAUCAAUUUCGUCAGCUACAGCACUUCUUGAUAAUAAUGUCAUAGUCGAUGCUAAGCCACUGAUUCAAAGCGUAAGUCCCACUCAUUCGAUCAGCAGUUCAAAUGCAAGUUCUUGCAGCUCUAAAAAAUUGAAUAAUAAGUCCACUGUCUCGGCCACUAACGUGCCUAGCAAGUUGCUUAAUAUUGCAGCAGCUACUGAAGUUGGCAUUUUACCGCCUUCGCCCACGGUGGCAAUGUUGCAUGAAAGCAAAGUGCUUCAGCAGCGGUUGGGUUUACCACCAGAGGUACAAUUGGAAUUUGUUAAUGGUGGCCAUGGUAUUAAAAAUCCAUUAGCAGCAGAGAAUGUGCAUACUGGACAUCAUCGAUUACGCAGCAUCGAUUGUAUUGAUGACAUGAAGAAAGGCUCUAGUAGUUCAGUAGCAAAUGACACUAUUGAGAGUGUCGAAGGUUCAAAAUUUGUCUGUCGCGUUUGCUUAAAGGCAUUCUCACUUCAACGUUUGCUAAAUCGUCAUAUGAAAUGUCAUUCCGAGAUUAAACGCUAUCUGUGCACAUUUUGCGGCAAAGGCUUUAAUGACACAUUUGAUUUGAAACGUCACACGCGUACUCACACUGGUGUGAGACCAUAUAAAUGUAAUUUAUGUGAGAAGAGCUUUACCCAGCGCUGUUCCUUAGAAUCUCAUUGCUUAAAGGUGCACAGUGUCCAACAUCAAUACGCCUACAAGGAGCGCCGAGCAAAGAUGUAUGUUUGUGAAGAAUGUGGUAACACUACCUGUGAACCGGAAAAGCAUUAUUUGCAUUUAAAACAAAAUCAUCCCUUCUCCCCAGCAUUGCUGAAGUUCUACGACAAAAGGCAUUUUAAGUUCACCAACUCACAGUUUGCUAACAAUCUUCUAGGCCAAAUGCCAAUGCCGGUUCAUAAUUAAAAUGAAUUGAAAUGGAUUUGUUAGUAAAUUUGCAUUUUGAAAUACUGCCCAUCUGAAGGAGAUUAUUUAAACAUUUUUUUUGCUUUGUUUUUUAAUUUUAA